AGAUUUAUUCAAGCUCGUAGUUGUAAAAAGUUUCAUAUGUGAAGCGCAGUAAUCUUAUGAUUUGAAAAUUUCAGCUGGCAGAAUUUAUUAAUGCAGGCAAGUUGUUUAAUUGUUUGAGAAUAUCAACCUGUACAAAAAAUGGUUUUAACUUGUACACAAGAAAUUAUUAUGUACACUAACGAUACAAUAUUCUUACGAAAUUUAUCAGACAGACAAUUUUUUCCAGAAACUGUUCAAGUGGUUCUUGUAAUAUGUUAUGUUUCUCUGUAUACAGUCAAUUUAAUUGGUAAUACUUCGAUAUGGAUAGCUAUUAUUUCUCAAAAGACACUUCACACACCAAUGAACUAUUUUCUGUUGAACUUAUCACUUGCACAUAUUGUUUCGGGUAGUAAUGCUGUCUUCUUUGCUUUUGUAACAGACACAGGCUCAGUUGUGAAUUCUCAAACUAGCCUGGACGCUUUGUGCGCUUGCAGCGAAGGAUUAUGUGUAUACUUUACUGGUGUUGGUACAUAUCUUUUCACCUUAUGUGGCAUCAGUCUAAACAGAUAUAUAGUUAUUAAAUAUCCCACGAGGAGAAACCUUCUCAUGAAAGGCAAAGGAGUUCUUUUAUAUAGUGUUUUCGUCUGGUUAUUAUGCAGUGGCAUUACACUACCUUCUUUUGUUUCAUUUCAAUACAACAAAAAUAUUCGUUUAUGCUUACGAAGCUGGCAACAUUUUGAGCAUCCUUUUAUUUACCGAGCUGUCAUGUUCACGAUUUCGUUUUUUGUCCCGAUCACUUGUCUUAUGAUCACUUUGUGUACAAUCAUUUGGAAACGUUGGAGCAUCAACGAAGGCUUGGGCAGGUAUGCCACAAAUAUCAUUACACUGAACCUGCAAAAAGCAGAAAGACAAAUAGGCACCUCUUUUCUAGUAUUUUUUAUCACCUGGCUGCCCUUUUCAAUCUAUUGGUGCUUGUGGACGGGAGGAUAUUUCAAAGGGUGUGAUGGGAGCAUCAACGCCAUGAAAUGGAUCAGAUUAACAGUUUUAUUUUCAACACUAAAUGGCAGCAUUGAUCCUUUUAUUUAUACUUUUGGUAGCACUAACUUGCGAGUAGCCGUGGUUUCAUCUUUUAGAACAAUCUUUCCACAAGCAAAGAACGGCCGUCUACCACAAAAAGAAAAAAUGGACAGAAUUAGAAUGAUGUCUGUAGCAACAAUCUCGUCGCAAGUGUAAAAUACAAUGAAAUAUCAGGACCCCAGUCCCCAGUUAAAAAAAAUUUAGACAUAAACCUACUAAUAUAGGCAUUGGGUCAAAUUUUUGUCUGCAUAAAAAGGCUGACGCUGGAACUGGAUGUCACAUCAGUUAAAAAAGUUUAAAAGUUUAUACUUCUUGAAAAAGUAAAAAUUUCAAACAGAAAAAUUAUAUACGAGAUUUUUUGUUGCUUGUGGCAAAUCGGAGCUGAGAUAUAAAUGUGCCUUGCCUAACUCUGACGUUAUCCAAGAAAAUGUAAGCAUUGGCAAAAAAAUAAACCCUUCUGCCUUGUUUGAUGGUAAUUAUGUUUUAACUUAUAUUUGCAUCUUGUGAUAAAAAGUUAAUUAGUACAGUUAAUUUGUAAAACAAAACUGUAUCAACUAUUUUGUCUGAUCUGUAAUGGUGCUUGUGUUUUCUCAAAAAUUUUCUGCAAAAUCUGUAUUUGUGUGCACCUUACCGCUGCAUUUACGAAGGUAGACUUGGACCCCGAUUACACGACUCUCCCCCCCCACUUAUUAUUUUAUUAAGUGUAGAUGAUGCUUUAAUUUUCAAGACCGAAAGAAUGUAAAGUAUUUCAUGAAAAUAACAUUGUAAAAUGGCUUCUUGCAAAGACGGUUGUUUAUUGUCAUCAGGUGCGGAUCCAGGGUUAGUCAGAUAAGUCGCGUGACUAAGUGUAAAUUUGACGAAAAAUGUUAGCCAAGCGAAGAUGUCGACGAUCCAGGCGUUGCAAACGGAGGGCGUUAAAAAUUGUAAUUUUUUUACGGCGAAAAGCCAUGGUUCACAGCCCUCUCCAAUUCGCCUAUAGCGAUGUUGACGUCAAAGUUGUGACGUCGCUACCAUAUAGACUGAGAGGCUUUCAAGUUAUAGCUUACAGAUUUUGACUGAUUCAUUUUGACUAAUCAGUCACUCAGUCAGUCAAAAAUCAAAUAGCUAUGGCCCGCAACCCUCCCCAUCUCACCUAAGGGGCCGUUGACGUCAAAAUCGUGACGUAAUUUUCACACUCUAUGCGUAGUCCAACAAUAUGUGGCCCGCAGCCGCCAAAGGAAAUUUAGGUUCCGUACUGCGUGGUUACUGAUAACCUGUUAGGCUAUAGUUUUAACUCCCAUCCGUCAGGAUUAGUCAAAGACUCACGCCUUUUGACUUGGAUUCUUUCCGUACUAUUAUUGAUUAUGGCCGCAGCAGAUAUGUUGGCGCGGGUGCUUACUGAUUUAAAGUGUGAUAAUUUUGAAUCUGUUCGUAAAAUGCAAAAAGAACUUUUAGAAAGUGUUUAUUCUCGAGCAUUUUUGUUGUCUGGGGAUAUUUAUCCCUUGGUUGGUAAGAGUCUUCAUCGGAAUUUAGGUCCAGAUAUAUACCUUCCAUCUGAGGCGAGGUGUGAAGAUAAAGGAAUUAUUGCUUUAAGGUGAGAAGUAUGUUUUUUACUCUCCAACACACCUUGCAUUUAUUUAAAGGUUUUCAGUAUAUCUGCUACGAAAAGCUAGUUGGGGAGAGCUUUAUACAACAGACUAUUAAAACCAAAUACAAAAAGAUUUAAUUAGCUAAUAGCUAGGGCUAAUACACCUUUACGAUAAUUCGGAAAAAAUAACACUCCAUCGUAGCUUAUUUUGCAAUCGGAGGAGGUAAACAUUACACUUUUAUAAGAGUUUAUUAAGGAGAAAACACGUUUUUUCGUGAUAACUUUUCUUGCCACGUUUUGUUUUUAAUGAAAAGUACACAUAAGUUGUAUCUUAUUAUUAUUAACGUUUCCUGAAAAUUUUAAAGAAAUUGAUACGACGGAAGUUAAAAAGCUGGAGAAAACACGCUUUCGUCUCUAACAAACUCUCAUAAAAACACGAGUUUUACCUCCUUUUUUCCGAUAUUGUAAAACAAUGGAGAGCCGUAGGAACGCAUGUACAAUUGAAUUAUCAUAAAGGUGUAUUGUUUUUGUAAUAUGAGCUUUGAACAGAAUUUUCAGCAUUGCGGAGGAAUUCUUUUUCAAUUAAUAUUUGUGUUGUUAUUAGAAGCAAGAACUUGACAUCUGGAUAAGUAAGGUUGGUGAUGAAAAUAAACAACUCUUCGAAUGACUAUUAAGAAACAAAGUUUGUUGAGUAAAAGGUCAUGGUAAAAUAUAUUAUUUUUAGAUCCAAUCCAUCAGGAGAC